CGCAAACCCCGGGCCCUGAGGGGGCGCGGGGGAGAGGUGCUCCGGGUCUCCGGACCCCCCCGCGCCGGGCGAACCCCCGGAGUGUGGGCUGCGCCCGUGGGGCCGGACACCUGUUCGGCCGGGCCCGGCGUGGGCGCCGGGGGCCAGGAUGAAAGUGACCGUGUGCUUCGGCAGAACCGGCAUCGUGGUGCCCUGCAAGGAGGGCCAGCUGCGUGUCCGGGAGCUCACGCAGCAGGCGCUGCAGCGGUACCUGAAGACCAGGGAGAAGGAUCCUGGCUACUGGGUGAAGAUUCAUCACUUAGAAUACACGGAUGGAGGAAUCCUGGAUCCAGAUGAUGUUUUGGCAGAUGUCGUUGAAGACAAAGAUAAGCUGAUUGCUGUGUUUGAUGAACAAGAACCACUCCACAAGAUUGAGAGCCCCAGUGGAAACCUUGCAGGUCAGCAGACCCCAGAUGCCUUUGAGACGGAAGUGGCUGCCCAGUUGGCUGCAUUUAAACCAAUUGGUGGGGAGAUCGAAGUAACCCCUUCUGCUCUAAAAUUAGGCACUCCACUGCUGGUGAGGAGAAGCAGUGACCCAGCGCCAGGCCCACCUGCUGACGCCCAGCCGAGUGCUUCACAAUCCAGUGGCCAGAGUCUGAAACCUGUUACUCUAGAUUCCACACAGAACUUAGAAGAUGGAGAAGUUAUGAAUGGUGUGCAGACAGAACUCCUGGCAUCGCUGAAAACCAAGGAUGCAUUGAGUGAUAUGACAAGAACAGUGGAGAUUUCUGGGGAAGGAGGCCCCUUGGGAAUACAUGUAGUGCCUUUCUUUUCAUCUCUGAGUGGAAGGAUUCUAGGACUCUUCAUCCGCGGCAUUGAAGAAAAUAGCAGGUCCAAGCGGGAGGGACUAUUUCAUGAAAAUGAAUGUAUCGUAAAAAUCAACCACGUGGACCUCGUAGACAAAACCUUUGCUCAGGCUCAAGAUGUCUUCCGCCAGGCAAUGAAGUCCCCAAGUGUCCUCCUCAAUGUGCUUCCACCUCAAAACCGUGACCAGUAUGAAAAAUCAGUCAUUGGACCGCUUAACAUUUUUGGUGACAAUGAUGGCGUUUUGAGAACAAAGCUGCCUCCUCCUGUCCAUGGAAUAUCAGGAAUAAAAACAGGAACAGGAACAGGGCGUCCUGAAGAGGAUGCAUCGACUUCCCUGCAACAAAACAAGAGCCCCCGAGUCCCAAGACUGGGUAGAAAGCCAUCCUCUCCCUCACUCUCCCCUCUCAUGGGGUUUGGCAGCAAGAAGAAUGCAAAGAAAAUUAAGAUUGACCUAAAGAAAGGCCCUGAAGGACUGGGUUUCACUGUUGUUACCAGAGACUCUUCCAUACAUGGGCCUGGUCCCAUUUUUGUAAAAAACAUUUUACCAAAGGGAGCAGCAAUAAAAGAUGGCCGCCUGCAAUCAGGGGACAGAAUUUUGGAGGUAAAUGGCAGAGAUGUCACUGGACGAACUCAAGAAGAGCUCGUGGCCAUGCUGAGGAGCACCAAGCAGGGAGAAACAGCAUCGCUGGUCAUCGCCCGUCAAGAAGGAGCUUUUCUUCCCCGAGAGCUGAAAGGAGAGCCUGACUGCUACCCACUCUCCCUGGAAACAACUGAGCAACUCACCUUCGAGAUCCCUCUGAAUGAUUCAGGUUCUGCUGGUCUUGGCGUGAGCUUGAAAGGGAACAAAUCUCGAGAAACUGGAACAGACUUGGGGAUUUUUAUCAAAUCCAUCAUCCACGGAGGUGCUGCUUUUAAGGAUGGUCGUCUGCGGAUGAAUGACCAGCUGAUUGCCGUUAAUGGGGAAUCUCUUUUGGGAAAAUCCAACCACGAAGCUAUGGAGACAUUGAGGCGAUCAAUGUCCAUGGAGGGAAACAUUCGAGGGAUGAUCCAAUUGGUGAUUCUGCGGAGGCCAGAGAGACCAAUGGAGGAGCCUACAGAAUGUGGGGCAUUUUCUAAGCCAUGCUUUGAGAAUUGUCCAAACGCUAUAAACGCCUCCAGGAGAAAUGAUAAUAGUUCAUUGCAUCCAUUUGGCACUUACAGUUCACAAGACAAACAGAAAGAGCUAUUGCUUCCCAGUGACGGAUGGGCCGAGGCCGAAGUACCACCUUCUCCACCACCACAUCCCGUUCUGGAAUUGGGCACUGAAGAUUACAGCCACAGCUCUGGGGUGGAUUCGGCAGUGUAUUUUCCAGAUCAGCACACCCACUUCAGAUCCGUGACACCGGCCAGGCAGCCUGAAUCAAUGAAUCUGAAAGCCUCAAAGAGCAUGGACCUUGUGCCAGAUGAAAGCAAAGUCCACUCAUUGGCUGAUCACAAAUCGGAAUCUCCGAGCAAAGAUUUCGGUCCAACUCUGGGGUUGAAAAAGUCCAGUUCCUUGGAGAGUCUACAGACCGCGGUCGCUGAGGUCAGGAAGAAUGAACUUCCCUUCCACAGACCCCGGCCACACAUGGUUCGUGGCCGUGGCUGUAAUGAGAGCUUCAGAGCAGCCAUUGACAAAUCCUACGAUGGACCCGAAGAGUUAGAAGCUGACGGUCUGUCUGAUAAGAGCUCUCGCUCCGGCCAAGGAGCUCUGAAUUGUGAAGCUGCCCCUCAGGGGAGCUCUGAGCUAGAGGACGUGGAAAAUAAAGCCAGGAAAAUCAAAAAACCAAAAGAGAAGGAGAAGAAGAAGGAAAAAGGCAAAAUGAAAGUCAAGGAGAAAAAGCUGAAAGAGGAAAACGGAGAUCCUGAAAGGAAAAUAAAGAAGAAAGGAUUUGGUGCCAUGCUGAGAUUUGGAAAGAAGAAAGAUGAUAAGGGAGGCAAGGCUGAGCAGAAGGGCGCUCGGAAGCAUGGCAGCCUGAGGGAAGAGGAGCUGGAAAAAAUGAAAGAAGAACGAGAAAGGAUUGGAGCAAAACACCAGGAGCUAAGGGAAAAGCAGGCAAGAGGUCUUAUUGAUUAUGCUACUGGUGGAAUUGGAUCACUGCACGAUAUGGACGAUGAUGAAAUGGACCCCAAUUACGCCAGAGUGAACCACUUCCGGGAACCAUGCGCAUCAGCAAAUGUCUACAGGUCACCAUCUCCACCUCGGGCUGGACCACUGGGUUACCCACGGGAUGGCCGUCCACUGUCUCCAGAGAGAGACCACUUAGAGGGUCUCUAUGCCAAAGUCAACAAACCAUACCACCCACCGAUGCCAGUUGACAGUGGCCGUCCUCCAAGCGGAAGCACUGAUCGAAUCCAGAAGUUGCGGAAAGAGUAUUAUCAGGCACGGAGGGAAGGUUUCACCUUAUAUGAGGACGACGAGGGAAGAGCAAGGCUAGAUUAUGACUUUCACUGGGUGUCUGGAAAGGGUCCAGAUGGGAAUGCACACAACAUCCGCUUUGAGGGGAUGGAGAGACAGUACGCCUCCUUACCCAGGGGAGGACCAGCUGAUCCUAUAGACUAUCUGACGGCCACACCUCGAGGGCUCUACAAAGAAAGGGAGCUCCCGUAUUACCCAGGGGCUCAUCCCGUGCAUCCUCCCAAAGGGAGCUACCCACGUCCCCCGGAUCUGAGGCUUGCAGACCUCCGGUAUCCUCAGUACUACCCUCCUCCACCAGCCCCCCAGCAUAAAGGACCCUUCCGACAAGAUGUCCCGCCUUCCCCUCCUCAGCACCCCAGAGUGCCAGCCUAUCAGGAAAUGGGUAGACCAGGGCCCCGAGGGGGCAGCCCGGACCAGUACCCCUACCGAGCCCAGGAUCCCAGGCAGAAGAACCCCAUGACUGCAGCUGUGUAACUGAAUAUCACCAUGCCCAGCCCAGCCCAGAAGGGGAGACGGCUACCAUCACCUUUGCCCUUCCUAGACUGUAAGACCUUCCUCCUGUUCAGAAUUCUCCAGGGCACAGAUAGGUUCUUCUCACCGAGGUUGCAACACUUGACUGCUAACCAGAGGGACAAAGGAGGGGACAGGAGGACGGGGGAUCAGAAGGAAGAGAAAGGACAGGGUCCAUCAAAACAGUACUGCCUGAGAUCUGAAAUGCAUUUAGAAUUGUUCAAUUCCGUGAGAGCAGCAGGUAAACAGGCAAAUAACAAAGAACAAUGGACAUACCACACAGUGCCUUCCUGGUGCGCACAAGCCCCAUGGAACUGGCAGCACAGAGACUCUCAGAGGCUGAGCCUCAGCCACCUGAGAGUGGCUGCAAAUAUGGGUGUCUUAAAUGAGUAGUUUUCUCAUUGAGAAAACAAACCAACAGCAGACAUGACUAGUGAUCUCUUUGAAAUGUUUAUACCCAGAAGAAGACUGCAUUUCUCUCUUUGUAGAAUUUCUCAGGUUCCUCGUACCACUCGUCUGGUAUAAGUAUUUUACAUUUCCUUGCCAUAUAUAUAUAUAUAUAUAUAUAUAUAUAUAUAUAUAUAUAUAUAAAACACAACACGAAUGCAGUAUUAGUGUCCUGAGAGAAUGUUUAAAGCUAGUCAGAGAUUCCAGAAGGAAUAUAGUCCAAGGACCAAGGCGAUCGGGUUAAGAGGGCUGAAAAUCCCCUGAUCCUCACCUUCCUUCCCCCGAGUCCCAGGCGUGAUUGCAUGGAGAUAUCCGGUUUCAGAACCAUCUCCAAAUCUCCUGCCUGUAAUUACUGGAACCGGGGCCUCGACUUUAAGGCUCCCACUUGAGGGCUAAAACGUAGUUGGAAAAGAGAGGGCUCGUUGCUUAGGUGACACAGGAAGCAACGAUCCGGAGAUGCCAAUUCCACACUCAGUGCCAAACAGUGCCAUCUGCACCCGGGGACAGGGAGGGGCUGACUGUGGCCUCUGGGAUUGAUGACCAGGAAGUGGUAGAUGGCAGUGACUGACUGUGUGUGUGUGUAUGUGUAUGCGUGUGUGUAUGUGUGAAGGUAUGUGAUUACCAGUAUGGAGAAUGUAAGAUAAAAAUGCUUUCUGGAAAGUUUGAUAAGGAAGGAAAUAAAAAGGAAAAAAAAAAAUCAGAGGGGAAAGGAAAAGAGGCAUAAAACCAGAUCAUUCUACAUCCGCUGUAUUUCAUUAACAAAAGUCGGGGGAGCACCCAGCCCGGGCCAGCAUCUCCAACUGGGACUAGAAGGUCUUAUGGCUUGGAAAAGCUGACACCCCGCCCUCUAAAACCCAUCCCAUUUCCUUUGAGCUUUGCAGUGAUUUUCUACUUAUUUCAGCAAGACUUCUAAAACUUCCAACCUGACCCAAAUGAGAACACAACAGAAGACUGAGAAACAGCAAAAUCUGGGAGCAGGCGUUUGAAUCGUUCAAUGGCUCUUAAGAGACUUAAAGCCUUGCCGCUCCUUCUCCAUUCCCUCAAAACAAAACAAAACAAAAAAAGUAUUGAGUUCCAUUUGGACAUAUUUUGGCUGAGAUUAGAAUGCCUCUGCCUGACAGGACUUAAUAAAUUAUAGUAUUAUUAACUAUAGAGUAUCCAACCCAGUUUAGGUGUUGUUUUUUUUUUUUUUAAUUUAAAAUAGAGUUCUAUUACCAGGAAUGAAGUAGCUGCUGGUUUUAGACAUAAAUAGUGUUAUUUACUGGACUUUAAGAGGUAUCAUUUUCUAAAGUACAAUUACCUUGACCAUCUUAAUAAAUAGACUGUCAAGUUGGUCGUCUCCAUCCGACAUCCCUCUUGAGCCAGGCACCUUAGACCUUUUGCAACGUGUGCACGGAGGUUGAGGGGCUCAGGCCCUGCUCACCUAGAGGUGAGAUGCAGGUGAGCUCCCGGGCCUCUCUGCCAACACGCUGAAUGACACUUUACCCUCGAAAUAAAUAAACUUCCAGGAAGAGAAGGAUAAAGUGAGGGAAAUGUAACGUGCUUGGGAGCGUUAAAAUCAGCUCUUGGGCAUGUUGCAUUUUGAGCCAAAUUUCUCUAGGCUAUUAGACAUAGCCAAGCCAGGAGUCUCCUUCUGGAUUAAGGCCAAGGCCACACGAGAGGCAGCCAGAGGCAGUGCGAGAGGGUGAGAUAUCCUGUGCGUGUUGGAGGAGUGGCCCUGGUAGGAAGAAUGCCCAUCUUCCCCACGUUGCACAAUGCCUCCUGCUCACAGGCUCGGGGCAAGCUGCACCAAAUACGGUCUUGCGCUGUAUUCACAGUCAAUAAAACAUUUGCUAAUCCUGCGGGGCAGCCAGUGAUUUGAAACUGCUCUUCAAGUGGACGAAAACGAGAUGACAGCCGUUUUCUUGCUUGAAGUACAACACACGCCCAAUUUGACCCCACCCGAAAGAAGCGCACGUGUGUGUCACAGAGGCUCCAUCGAGCCAGGCCACAGCUAAGAACGGCUCGAAUGUAAGCUUCGUAAGCGCCUGUGAACCAACCCUCCACUUGCCAGCACCCAGAGGCUGCAGAACUCUCUCCCAGUAUCUAGGAGAACUGGUGGUGUAGAGUGUUUAGAAGGCCAGCUUGUAGUCAGUAGGUGCCCAGUAGCAGGAAGUAGUUCCCCAUUUAUUUAUGGCCUUGGCGAGACUCAAUCUGGUGUCUGUUCGUUGCUCAGAAUACCGUAACGCCCCUCCCCACAGGAACAGAGUAGCACAGUGAGCUGCAAACCCAUCAGCACACACCCACCCGACUCCUGAUCUGACUGCUGGGUCGCUGAGGGCUGGAAAUGAUGCUUUGGCCUUGAGUCGUGAGAUAUUUGAAGGAGCUCUGGUUUAUCCCUUUUUGCAGGAGGGGAGAUGGGAAAGGGAGCCGACCAUUGCAAACUUUUAGACGCAGGAGAAUUCAGUCCUCUGCCAGGAGGAGAAACACUGCCUCUCGUUAACCCCUUGCGCCAUUGGACUGUGGCAAUAUCACCCCCGGUAGAAAAUUGGUUCCCCACAAUAUUAAAUCAGUGGAUGAAAGGCAAUCUCCAAGACAGGAGCACCUUCUUACAUCAUAAUCGAGCAACAAACAAAAAUUGGAAAAUAAAAUUACCGUGAAGCUCGUUAUUCUUAGAUAUGUAAGUCAACAUGCGUUGACCCCACAGGACAGCAUGGAGCAAAGAUCUUAUAACCAAGGGUGUGAGGAGAUCCACAGACCCACCAUGACCCCAUGGAGGAAACCAUGCAUGCUGCCCGAUAAAGGAGGUUGGAAACUUCCUUGUGGCUCUCUUGGUGCCACCAACUAAAUAAAAUUAAAACAGGACUCAUUAUUCCCUUCGAAGAUCUGUGAACUUGUUGAACUAUCUUCUGAAGGAAAUGCAUCUGACAACUUGAGGAGCUGUCAUGCAUGGAGUCUAUGUGCAUAAUAAGGAUCCGGCCUUUGAGGGGCAUUCGUUCCCCUAACCUGUAGCCCCAGCAGUUGUUUUCUUUGGAGAGACAUCUUAGCCUUUCAGGGCGGAUAGAGAGAUCUGCACAGUUUGGGGAGGGAUGUAUGCCUAUAAAAUCCCCGUAGGCAUUAAACUCUGAAAUCCGCAACGAACUGCCCUCAAAUCGGUGCUAAAUUGGGUAGACACCCUACUGCUUUUGAGUCCAGGAGCGACAAAAGGUCCAGACUGGGUGCAAUUAGGCAGGAGGGAGUGGGAUCCAGAACCAGCCACGGGAGUACUUCUCUGCCCUCCCAGUUCCCACCGACUUAGUUGGAAAUGAUGCCACAAUGAGACCAGAAAGAGGAGUCUCCAUAAGCUAUCCCUACAAAGUCACCUCUCUGAAAAAAAAAAAAAAAAAAGGAGAAUAAAAGAUAGAUAUCUAAAAUAAGCCUGGAAUCUCAUAUGCAGCUACUACUUCUAAGGGAAAGUCUUUUCUCCCUCAUGUCCUUAAAUAGUAAUAGAAUCACACAGCUCCUGACUUUUAAAGAUGGGCUUAGCUCCCGAGCCUGGAGUGCACGGUGAACUAACCCCAACGACCGAGACUGUCUCCUCACUCAGCUCUGAGAGCGUGUGCUGUUCCAUCUAUGCUGCCCGCAGUGCUGUUUACUACUGGAACGUAAAAACAAACCCUACUGUGGAUACAGUCACUUCUUCUAGUGUUUUCCUGCGCUUUUUUGGCACCAAGUCUGUUCAUAAGUUCUGAAGAUAAAUUAUGUGAAAUCAUAUUUUGGCAUAUGGGGGCAGAGAAUGAGUUCUUCACAGACUUUUUACAAUGAUCCCAUUUGCACCACAGAAAACAUUUUGGAUGCUGUUAUAUAUGAACAUACAAAUUUCUCUUGUUUUAUUUUGCAUUAAAAUAAAGCUUUAUUCAUUAAGAUA